CGAGAAGGUCACAGAAGCCUCCAGGAGGCUCCCAUCAUACUCCCACAGAGGGUCCGUAGCCGUUUUGGCUCAAGGCACCUCGGCUGAAAUUUCCAGCGGCGUUCGGACGCUGAUGUCAUCUGCUAAACUUGUCUGAAAGAGAGAAGAGGAGUCAUGCUUCGACUUGUUGCUUCAGUCUUAUUUGCGGCUGUAGUGCCCCCUGCCCGUGGAGCACGGCUGGCCGUCGCAGGCACCACAGACAUCGUGACGCAUGAGGCAACAGACGGGGCUGCCCGUGCGACGGCGAUCGUGGGUGCAGCGGAGGUUCCCUCUGUUGGUCAGGCGUGCACGGGGAAUUGGCUAUUUGGAUCUGGCGGCGGUUGCGGUAGGCACCGCGUGACAGAUCUCGAUGGCACGGUGUCAGACGUGCAGCUGAAGUGUUUCAAAAGGGACGCGCUGAAGGCAGACGAACUUGCUGACAGGGGCGAGCGUGGAAUCUGCCUUAUCCCGAAGAACGAGAAGUGCGAAGAAGACGAGCAGUGCCGCAGUGGCACAUCCUGCCAGCCUCGUGGCUUUGACGCCGUGCACAGGUGUCGGGAGGUGUGUGCCGAGUGUGAUGCCGACGGGGAGGACGACGCAGGGCUUGCGGUGCGCGUGGCAGCUGUAGUCCGGUCCAUGGCACGAAGCCUUUCCCAGUCUGACCUCUUGAGAGGUACGCCCGUGCCCGGGAAAUUCAUGGAUGCUAGGUCGGGCGCCUUGUCUCCCUUUGUUGCACAGCCCGCGGUUGCGCAGCAUGUCUUGAGGGAGGUGUCGGUGUCGUUCGAGACGGCUGAGAUCAAAGGAGAAGAUGCGGCCUCCCGGUCUGGUUCACUCUUCGCGAUCUCAGGCGAUGGGCGGUUCCUUGCGAAGAGCGUCCGAGAAACAGAGCACAAGGAGUUGACAGGACAUCUACUGGACCCUAUGGCCAAGUAUUUGAACCUUCGGGAUAUCACCUGCCAGCCCAGUGCGAUGGACUAUUGUUGGGUGGAGGGCGUACUCAGUCGCACCACUCUGAAUGUGCCUGUCCUGGCAUUCGUACAUGAUGGCAGAUAUUGGGUGGUCAUGCCGGCGGGUGCUCAGAUGCGAGGGCUAGCCGUGUCGCACUCCGUGGGCAGCCUCCAACCGUGGGGGGCGGCAACAUACUACGAUUUGAAACCCGUUUGGGCGAAGAGCAGUGCUCGUCCGGACUUCAUGAAGCUGCUCACGGAGCUUGACUUCCAUCCCACAUCAGGUAGUGCGCCCGCCGAGAUGCGGACGCAGUGGGCGAAGUUGCAGGCCGCUGUCGAGAGAGACCUGGACUUCAUUGCCUCGGAGGAGUCGGACGAAGAUCCGUACAUCGACUACUCGCUCCUGUUCGAGGUCUACACGCCCAGCCGUAGAGUCGACGUGGCAGGCAAGAACUGCAUCGAGGGGCGCUCUUGUUUCAAAGAUGACGCCACAAGUUGCUGGGUGAUCUGCAUUUCCAUCAUCGACUUCUACGAAAAGUUCUCGAUGUUUCGUUAUGUGGAGAGCGUGGUAAAGUCUUUCAAAUUCCACAAUUACGCACGGAAAACGAAAGAGAUGUUUCGGUGUGCGUUCUCCCAGAAUAUGUCGUGGACCGGCGAAACUUCGUUGAUCGACGGCGUUGCAUCGUCCACGUCUAUCCCCUCGUCCCGCGUGGUGAACUUGACUACGUCCGUUAAUGCUUCCAUUGGUUUUGCAGGCAUCCUUCCUGACCCUGUCGACUGCGACCCCUAUCUGGAAAUGGCUUGCGGCAAGUUUCUCGGCAACGGAUUAUGGAGCAUUGUCCGCACAGAGUGCCAGCCUUGGUGGGUCGCGCUGAUUUCACUACCUCGCACUUGCUCCAAGGCCACUUGCAGCUUCAGCAUCAAAGCGGAAUACUUGGAACAUUGCGGUGGUUGGUUGCAGGCAAAAUGCAGACACGAUUUGGAUAUGCAUAAUUAUGAUGAAAGGUCCCGUGCCGCACAUUCGAAUAUGCUCUUACAGAAUGCGUCAGAGGUUUCUAGUACUGACUCAGUGCGUCCUUGAGUGGGGCACCCCGAGCAAGAGGCAAGCUCAUGCAUGCACGGCUUCGGCGCUGGUUGCCAUCAAAAG